UUUCCGGUUUGUGAUCCAAACACUUCUCUGUUCUGAGCCGAAACAACUAGCUAGACGGAUCGAUAGACAACAACCAUCAUGGGUGAAAUGGCAGAACUCACGGAUAAAUUCAGCUCAUUCACAAUGACUCAAUUAAACGAGUUGCUUGAAGACGAUGAAAAACUAAAUGAUAUUGUCAAAGAAAUGGACGAGAUGCGUGAGGUGCAGCAGGUCAAGGAGCUGACCCUAGGCAGUAACAUCAGCCUGGCUGAACAGAACCUCCAGCUGCAGCCGAGACUGGACCUGCAGAAGAACCAACUCACCUCACGCUACCGCCACCUACAGGAGCUCUACGACAACUACCAGCUACGCAAGUCCACACUCGACCCUGGUACAGAGAACAGUUCUCUGGACAUUCUGCUGGCUCUGCUGCAAGCUGAGGGAGCCAAGAUAGAGGAAGAGACUGAGAACAUGGCAGACUCGUUCCUGGAUGGAGAGCUGCCUCUCGACUGCUUUAUCGACGACUACCAGCAGAGGCGCCAUCUCGCUCACCUGCGCCGCGUCAAGAUUGACAAACUCCGAGAGCUGGCGCUGAAGGGUCUCACUCGGCCCCCCCAGAUUAGCCGACCCCAGGACCUCCCCUCUACCAAUGGGGCCCCCUCCCCCCAAUCCACACGAGCUGCCUCUUCUCCCUCCCCUCAGCACAGCGGCCUACCCUAUCCAGUCACCCCCUAUCCCCCAAUGCCUUUCCCCAGCUGCCCUUACAUGCCCCAGCCCUACCUUCAAACCUCCCAGCAACACCCCAUCUCCCCCUCUCCACACCUGCCCCCCAGGACUGGCUUCAUCAUGCAGUGAGGUGGUCUGUCGCCAUGGAUGACCUUCCCUACCUUUUGACCUGUGGCACACUGAAGGGUUGACCCAAUGAGGGUUGGUGACCUAACCAAUUACAGCCCCUCUGUCAGUAACACUGAGGGAAACGUCCUCUGACCAGCUUCUCAAGAGGCUCUCCGCUCUCACAGACGGACUCUGUCCAGUGACUACAGCCUGGACGGUACAUUAGGGGUUGGUUCUCUUUUAGUUUCAUUCCAAGACUAACUUUCUGAACACAUAGCUAAACCUAACCAUCUGUCUUACUGGUAGAUAUGCUAACUUGCAGUAUUGAUGUUUUUGUAAGCUAAAGGUCCCUUAGAAGGGUGUGUGUGCGCGCACAGAGGUUGGGAUCAUAACAUAGUUAGCUCAAAAGUUCCUAUGCUUCUAAAGGGAGAAGUCCUGGUCCAGCAACAAUGAACAGAACUAUACAAAUAGUAUAUUUUCAUUUAAAUUCAAAAUGUACUGCAUGGCAUCGUAAAUAUUUUUAAAUCAACUAAUCGAUGAGUCUUGCUUGCAUGUUCUUUCCAGCUGGCUGGGAGGAUGUGAGUUUGUGUGAAAAGUUCAUAGAAACAAGACUAGGAAUGUACAGUGUUCUUAUGGAGGUAAACAUUUGGGGUGGAUAUGUAUCUUACUACACACUUGGCUAGUUUAGUGGUUUUGUAUACUGGUAUAAGAUGGGAGUUCUCCCAAUUGGAAUUGAAACAUUAAAGCAGUAACCAUGCAGCUUAAGUUGAUUUCAGUUUGUCCAGGGUAGGGAGUGUUUGUAUGCCAAAGUAAUUUCAGUGAUUGAUCCUAUUCAAUUAGUUUAAUGACGCAUUACACCUAGCUGUAAUCUGUAGUGGGUUCUCAGUUGCACUUAGAACAGCUCACCUCAAGUGAGGUUCAAAUAUGAACUAUGGUAUGGUACCGGUUUUAUACUCAUUAGGAACUAACUAAUGUAAUGCUAGACUAGCAGACUGGUUGACAUGCUCACUUUCCAUAAUAAUCAAUAAACUUGUUAUAAUUGA